AUGACGGAGCGUUGGUCGCGUCCGAUCCGCGACGGCGAGUACACGUCGGUCAUCUACGGCCUGAUCCGGGAGGGCCGCUUCGCCGAGGCCGUUGGGGCGCUCAGCGAGUGCAGCAGGCAGCAGGGCGCCUGGUCCAGCCGGGCCGCCCUCUCGCUGCUCGGCUUCUGCCAUUACCAGCUCCAGGAGUUCGACCAGGCGGCCGGCUACUACGAGCAGCUGUGCGCGCUGUGCCCGGAGGAGGGGCAGUACGCGCUGAGUCGGGUACAGUCCCUGUACAUGGCCAGCAGGUACGAAGAAGCCCUCCAAGUGGCGGCUCAGCUCGCAGACGAAAAGCCGGACCUGAGGGAUUCGGCAAGAAAGCUUGAGGCAGCCGUGCGAUACGCCCAGGAUGAUGUGGUCGGUGCAAGAGCCCUGCUGCAGCAGAACGAAGAUCCCUGGACGCUGGUGAGCCUGGGUUGCGUGGCCUACAAGGAAGGCCGACUCGAGGACGCUCUGAAUCUUUUCACCAGCGUGCUGGAAUCCCAGGGAGAGGCAUCGCCGCCGCAGCUCUCCUACGCCGUGGCACUCUGCCACUACGCGCGCCGCGAGUACGCGCCAGCGCUCCAGCACCUGGGUAACAUCAUCGAGCGCGGGAUUCGAGACAGACCCGAGCUGAGCGUGGGCAUGGCUACCGAGGGUCUCGAACUCCGCAGUGUUGGAAACACCCGCGCCCUCCACGAGUCCGCGCUGGUGGAAGCCUUUAAUCUCAAGGCGGCCAUAGAGUAUCGUCUGAACAAUCCUUCGGCUGCCAAGGAAGCGCUGACCGACAUGCCGCCGCGCGCCGAACCCGAACUGGACCCGGUGACCUUGCACAACCAGGCGCUUCUCGAGGCCGACACGGAACCCGGUAGAGCUCUAGCCAAGCUACAGUUCCUACUGCAAGAACCUCCGGAGGCCUUCGGCAACUUGCUUCUUUUGUGCUGCCGGCUCGAUCAGCACUCACUGGCUGCUGAUCUUCUCGCUGAACACGCGGCUCUCACGUACCGUCUGCUGCCGCCGUUUCUCUACGAGCUUCUGGAAGCUCUCUUAGCUCAGCACACGGCCCCGCAGGAGGCCUACGUCAAACUGGAAGCCCUCGCGGCCCGGCAGGGGGACCGCGUUCGCCAGCUUCGCCAGCAAGGCGCCCCCAAAGCUCACUGCGACGCCGUGCUGACAGAACGGUUUCUGCCGGCACUAAUGGCUCAAGCGCGAAUACCCUGGGAAGCGAAAGACUACGCGCUCGUGGAGCGCCUGUUCCGCCGCUCCGUUGAGUUGUGUAGCGAGCAAGACUGCUGGAGGCUUAACGUCGGCCACGUCCUCUUCGUUCAAGAGGGAAAGUUUCACGAAGCCGUGGCCUUCUACGAGCCUCUGGUGGAGCGUGAGCAGGACCUGCUCAAGCUUAGCCCGGCGUUGCUCGCUAACCUGUGCGUCGCCUACAUCAUGACCGGUCAAAACGAGCAAGCAGAGGCCCUCAUGCGCCGCGUCGAGCAGCACGAAGAGCAGCUGGCCUACGAGCGUCCUGGCCAGAAGAUGUUCCACCUGUGCAUCGUGAACCUGGUCAUCGGCACCCUGUACUGCGCCAAGGGAAACUACGACUUCGGCGUGUCGCGAGUCAUCAAGAGCCUAGAGCCGCACGCCAGCAAGUUGGGUACGGACACCUGGUUCUAUGCCAAGCGGUGCCUGCUCUCGCUCCUCGAAAACCUCGCCAAGCAGGUGAUCCUGGUGAGGGACUCCGUACUGCACGACUGCCUCGAGUUCCUCGCCCAGUGCGAGACGCACGGCAGGUCCCUGCCGGCCCAGGACCGCCUGGCGUCCACCCGCACUGUCGCCUUCGAGGCUCGCCUGCUCAGGGCCCUCGCGCUGCGGUUGCUAGCCGCCGAGCCACCGAUGGGACGCUGA